CUCAUCGCAUUUGCCAUCAGCCCUUCACCUGCUUGAAACUCUUCGUGCUUUGCGUCUACCGUCAUACCCGACGUCAACCUAUGUGCUUUAUGAGCUGGGAACCGCUGAAUUAUAAUGGGUACAAAUUAUAGGUUGGGCGAGUUGGCUUCUAGAGGCGCAAGUCCACUCAGACUAGAAUUUACCCAAGCUGCAACGCUCCGGAGGAUAGCUGACCGUCAUGGUUGCAAAGAGCGAGGCGAGCGUGCCGGUCAACCGGGCCCUGUCUAAGCUAGCGGUCGCAACAGACCUGGGCACCGCAGCGAGGCCUUCCACUGCCGCACCGGCGCCCAGCCAUCAUGCAGCCGCUGCUGCUGCUCACGGUGUCGCUGGAGGGGCUGCAAAGGCCCCGGUGACGCCGCCAGCGCUUGCCAACAGGCUGGUGCCGCGUAAGGCGCCGCUGGGGCGCUCAGCGACAGCUGCCGCCGGCUCCGCCCUAUCGCCGGCUGCGGCGCACACCGCCAGCCCCGCGCCUGCUACCGCCGCACCCGCCGCCGGCGCCUUCGCCGCGCACAUGUCGCCGGUGGGGCGGCUGCCGCCCAUGCCUGCAGCCGCCGCAGCCGUGGCCGCCGCAGCUGCGGCGCCACAUGGCGCGGGGCCGGCGAUGAUCGGCAGUGAGCUGCUGAGUGCCGCCAAGAACCACCCCGGGCUGCCGGCCGGCCUCAUCUCACAGCUGCACCAGCCUCGUGGAGCGGCGGGGCCGGCGGCACGGCGCCACGCCGCAGGGGCAGCUGCAGGCGGGCGGCCUCCAGUGCCGUCAGUGGCGGCGCUGACGGCGCAAGCAGCGGCAGCAGAAGCGGCGGCGGCUCGGCCGCUCAGCCCGCGGGCCCGGGCCAAGGCCACUGCGGCGCUGAUCAACGGCGCAGGGGCAGCUUCGGGUGGUGGUGCGGUGCCGGCAGCGGGGCUGCCGCCGCCGGCCGCGCUGGGGACGCUGAGUCCGGAGGCACUGGCGGUGUUGCUGGCGCCACCCGCGCAGCCGCCCCUGACGGCGGCAGGCAGCGGCGGUGGCGGCAGUGGGCUGCUGAUGCUGCGGAAGGCGGGGCCAGCGGUGGGGAGUGCAGGCACCGCACUGCGGCCGUCUACUGCGGCGGCGGGGGCUGCGGCGGGGGCUGCGGGUGGUGUGGCCGGCGGCGCACGGCCCAACACGGCAACGGCACACCCAGCCAGGCCGCCAGUCACGCCGCACAUCGCCAUGCCGUACAAACCCGGCACGGUGCGCCUGCCACCCGGCGGGGUCCCGGGCAUGACCGCUGCGGUGCCGCUCGGGGACCGGCCCGGCACCGCCGCUGCCGCAUUCUCAGCGGGCGGCUGGGCGGUCGGAGGGGCACCCGCAACCGACCUGUUGGCCAGGCCCGUCACUGCAGCGCUGGGAGGCGGUAUAGGAGGAGGCGGUGUGGGAGGAGGCGGUGCGGGCGGGCCGCGGCCGUCCACCGCCAGCCCGCUCACACAUGUGGCCUCCGGCGACCCCGCUGCGGCGCUGGUGCUGCGGGUGCCAGCCCGUCCCGGCUCCGCAGCUGUGGCUGGGGCCGGAGGCGCAGCACGUGGUGCUGCCGGACCAGCACUCGCGUCGUUUGGAGGGAUGGCAGGGUUCCCGCAGCAGCAACAACUGCAGCAGCAGCAGCCCCGCAAUGGGGAGCUGAAUGUGGAGGAACUGAAGGCGCUGGCGGCGGCGCUGGCAGCCACCCGCCCCGCCACCGCUGCCGUCCUCAUGCAGCACCUGCGGGAGAGGCAGCAGCGCCACCUGCACCACCAGCGCCACCAGCAGCUGCUGCAGCAGCAGCGGCCGUCCACGGCGGCGCACCGGCCCGGCUCCUCGGCAGCGGUGUUGCGCCCGGGCACCGGCUUGUCGGCGGCAGCGGGGCCAGCUGCGCCCGGCGGUGCGCAUGUGGUGGCGGGGGGACUGGCGGCAGUGACGCAGCGGCCGUUGAGCUGCCGGCCCCUCACCGGGGGGUCAGCGGGUGCUGCUGUGGGUGUGCUGGGGUCCAGGCCGAACAGCAGUAGGCAGCGGCCGGCUGGUCAGGAGGGGCAGGCAUUGGACACGGCGGUGGCGUUGGCGGCGGGCGCUGCGGGGGCUGAUGGCGAGGAGGGGGAAGAGGGGGAGCAGGAAGGGGAGGGGGAGGGUUUGGUGGCGCGCGUGGAAGGCGGGGCGGCAGCGGCCGGCAGCGGCGCAGCGCGUGUGGCCACCUCGCCCGCGCGGCCGCGCAGCUCCGCGACUGCCGCCGCCGCCCUCAGCAACGCCGCCGCCGCACCCGGCACACGCGGCCGUCCCACAAGCACCUCCUCCUCUCCCGCUAGCGCUCCGGCCUCCGCGCCCGGCUCCCGCGCCGGCCGCUCGCGCACAGGCACUGCCGCCGCCCGGGCCGCGGGCGCCGCCGGCGGCCUGCUGGCCGCCAUCCCCGAGGACGCCGAGCUGCCGCCGGAGCUGGCGGCGGCGCAGUCGGCCGCCGAGACCAUUGCGGCGCUGGUGGCGGCGGCCUCCGCCGCCGCCGCCGCCGCGCGGCCACUGCUGCCGCCACUGGAGCCGCUGGAUCCGGAUCCUGUUCUGGACGCGGCGUGGGCGGCCAUUGUGGAAUCCAACCUGCGGCCCGACACGGCGGCGCUGAGGGCGCCCGGGGGCAGCCUGGACGUGUUCAGCAGGCCGGCCACCAGCCUGCCGCUGGCCGCCCGCCAGGCCGCGCCCAACGUGUUGGUGCUGGACGACAUCACCGCAUCCACACCCGAGGUGGUGGAGCGCGAGUUGGCGUCCAUGAGCCUGGGCGAGCUGGAGGCGCUGAGGGCGCGGCUGGGGUAGCAGCAGGCGGGGCGGGGCGGGGCGGGCGGCAGGGAGAGGGGGACUGGCGGCUUUUGAGGGGCGGGGCGUGGAUGCAGGGUGGUGGCGGGGUUGGGUUUGAUGGGGUGUUGGACGGGUGGGCAUGAGGUGAGGUGUGUGCAAUUUUGGAAAUGUGGUGAUGGUCAAAGUUCACUCAGCGUGGUUGGUGCCGUCAGUCUUUUUUUAUUCAUGCAGGACCGUGCUGCGUGCGUUCGUUGGGGGGUCAAGCAGGGGCCACUGCAUCGGGCGGGUGUCCUGAUGCGGCACGGCAGGCUGCGAAACAGGGCCGUCCUUGCGUGGCGUUGUAGUCCCGGCCGGCCGUGAACCUCUUCUACGGUUUUACAAUUGCGUUGGUCGCCUGUUCCGCCUGGUAUAUCUGUGAGCCGCUCUGACUGUGAGCUAUGGAGCUCUCUAUCGCCAAUACGUAUGUGCGGUCCUGUAACAACCCGCCGUA